CAACAGUGGGACCUAGUUUGCAACCAAGACUUCCUGCCAACACUUGGCUUAGUUCUCCUGGCUGCCGGCGGAAUCAUAGGAAACUACAUCUUCGGCUACCUCCAGGACACCAUCGGAAGGAAGCCCUCCUUCUUCAUUUAUCUUCUCAUCGAGUGCAUCUUCGGGGUGGCCACUGCAUUUGCCCAAAACUACAUAGUGUGGAUCAUUUAUAGAAUCGGAGUUGGUUUCACCGUGCCAGCUAUAAUGGCAACGCCUUAUGUUUUGGCUAUUGAACUUGUGGGACCUCGUUGCCGGACUCUCUGCACAAUACUUUCCAACAUCGCUUAUUCGCUGGGUCUUAUCAUGCUGGCUGGUGUGGUCUACCUCAUACGGGACUGGAGGCAUCUAGCGUUAGCUACCACGCUGCCGUUCGUCUGCUUCUUCUUAUAUCUUUGGCCCAUGCCAGAGAGCCCCCGAUGGCUGCUAGCCAGAGGGCAGUUUGAGAAGGCUGAAGCUAUUUUGAAGAAUAUGGCAAGAAUUAAUGGCAAGUCCCUUCCUGCGAACUACAUGGUCCAUUUGCGUCGUAAAUACGAGUCCGACAAACUCAAACAGGACAUUGAAAGGGAGAAGUCCCGAAAAUACGGCAUUCUAGACCUCUUCAGAACUCCCAACUUGAGGAAGAAAACCAUUAUUAUAACGUUCAUCUGGUUCACGAAUACCAGUGUUUAUGUGGGCUUAUCGUACUAUGCCCCUGUGCUGGGAGGUGAUGAGUUCUUGAACUUCUUUUUGGCUGGCGUGGUCGAGCUGCCGACUUAUUUGUUCUUAUGGCCGUCUAUGGAGAGGCUUGGAAGACGUUGGACUCUAUGUAUGAGCAUGGUAGUUGGAGGUGUGGCCUGUUUGACCACCUUUCUGGUACAACAUGAAACUUACGUGACCCUGGCGUUGUACUGCGUGGGUAAGAUGGGCAUAUCGUCUUCGUUCGUGGUCCUCCCCCUGAUGGCUUCAGAACUGUACCCCACCGUGGUAAGGGGUCUAGGCAUGAGCCUCAGUUCUGUGCUCGGUAUGCUGGGGCCUAUCUUCAUACCACUAGUCAACUACCUGGGUUCUGACAUCAUGGUGCUCCCGCUGAUCAUCAUGGGCGCCCUGCUAGUGGCUGGAGGCAUUGCUAGCUUACUCCUUCCAGAGACCUUAAACCAGCAUCUACCUCAAACACUGGAAGAUGGAGAGCGAAUGGGCCUCGACACCGAUUUCUGCUGCAACCCACCAGUCAAGGAGACGAGGCAGAACAGUUUAGAAUCCAAAGACAUACAGUUUGACCAGCAUUGCUCUGCGUGUAACACACUGUGCUCUUGUCAGCUAGUGAGCGUACCGUUAGUGGAAAAUGUAUCCGCGAUCAUUGAAAAGGACAGCGAAAAAGUGGAGUUUAUCAUUGUGAAAUAAAAUCGUAUUUAACAUGAAUCACUUUUUUAUUCUAUUUAUCAGUUUAUAAUGUUUUAAUUAACGAAAUCAAUAGCAAUUUAAGUCCAUGAGGAGGAUUCGAUUGAAUUGUUAAUUUGGUGUUUCUUUUUCUACAUAAUAUUAUCG